UUUAAAGCUUUUUAACUAACAAAAAUGGAAAAAGCUAACCAAAGCGAAAAGGUUAGACUUUUGGAUGGUUACGUAACUAACAGAAACACAUCCCAACAACCUUCGGACAAAGCAGCUAUGGUCGGAAUCUCCGGCGAUCAUCAGUCUGUAGAUUCUGGCCAAGCCCGUCUCAAGGAGCUAGGCUACAAGCAAGAGCUCAAGCGUGACCUCUCGGUCUUCUCCAACUUCGCCAUCUCCUUCUCCAUCAUCUCUGUCCUCACCGGGAUCACCACCACCUAUAACACCGGCUUGAGAUUCGGCGGGACAGUCACUCUUGUCUACGGAUGGUUCGUGGCUGGAGGCUUCACUAUGUGUGUGGGGUUGUCAAUGGCUGAGAUCUGCUCCUCUUACCCGACUUCCGGUGGUCUCUACUACUGGAGUGCUAUGCUUGCUGGCCCACGAUGGGCUCCUCUUGCCUCUUGGUUGACCGGCUGGUUCAACAUCGUUGGUCAGUGGGCAGUGACGGCGAGCGUUGACUUCUCUCUAGCACAGCUGAUUCAAGUGAUCGUGCUUCUCUCCACCGGCGGUAAAAACGGAGGAGGAUAUGAAGGAUCCGACUAUGUUGUGAUUGCCAUCCAUGGUGGAAUCUUGUUCAUACAUGCACUUCUCAACAGUCUCCCUAUCUCAGUCUUGUCUUUCAUCGGACAGAUUGCUGCUCUCUGGAACCUACUAGGUGUCUUGGUACUCAUGAUUCUGAUCCCUUUGGUCUCUACGGAAAGAGCAACAACUAAGUUUGUGUUCACUCAUUUCAACACUGACAAUGAAGUCGGUAUUACCAGUUACGUUUACAUAUUUGUCUUGGGGCUACUCAUGAGCCAGUACACUAUUACAGGGUAUGAUGCAUCUGCCCACAUGACUGAAGAGACCAUCGACGCAGACAAGAACGGUCCAAGAGGAAUAAUCAGUGCAAUUGGGAUAUCAAUUCUGUUUGGAUGGGGUUAUAUAUUGGGCAUAUGCUAUACGGUCACAGACAUACCUUACCUUCUGAGUGAGACUAAUAACUCUGGUGGGUACGCCAUUGCUGAGAUCUUCUACUUAGCUUUCAAGAGCAGGUUUGGGAGUGGUGCUGGAGGGAUUGUGUGCUUAGGCAUUGUUGCGGUUGCUGUGUUUUUCUGUGGCAUGAGCUCUGUCACCAGCAACUCCAGGAUGGCUUAUGCGUUUUCCAGAGAUGGAGCAAUGCCAUUGUCUCCCUUAUGGCACAAAGUGAACAGCAAAGAGGUUCCUAUUAACGCAGUUUGGCUCUCUGUUUCCAUAUCAUUUUGUAUGGCCCUCACCUCACUAGGGAGCAUAGUGGCGUUCCAAGCAAUGGUGUCGAUAGCAACUAUUGGACUGUACAUAGCAUACGCAAUCCCUAUCCUUCUAAGAGUGACAUUGUCACGCAACACCUUUGUGGUUGGACCAUUCAGCCUUGGGAGGUACGGAAUGGUGGUUGGGUGGGUGGCAGUCAUAUGGGUUGCAACCAUCUCCGUUCUCUUCUCACUUCCCGUUGCAUAUCCCAUAACGGCCGAGACACUCAACUACACUCCGGUGGCAGUCGCUGGUGUGUUGGCCAUAAUCCUCUCGUAUUGGCUUCUAAGUGCACGCCAUUGGUUUACUGGACCGGUCUCCAACAUUCUUGGCUGAAACAAGUUUAUAAUCUUGUGGGGGUUGUUUCAUGUUUGUUGCUCUCAUUCAUAUAGUAAAGCAUUCUAGCUGUAACUUACCUCUUAUAUAUACAAAGCAAGCAACAGCAUCUCACAUUCCUAUACUAUAAA